AUGAACAGAGUGUACAAAGCGCCGCCAGCUACUGUCAUUCUGCGUACCGUUGCCUGCCAGCAUAGUGAACCACCGAGAUGGCCUCGCUUCAGUGCAAUAUGCGUCCGGCUACCACCAUUUUGACGCGGCGCCCGGCUCAGGUUGCGCGCAAAUCUAUUGGCGUAGCGCGAAGCCAGACUGUGCGCGUCACGGCUUCUGGAAUGGCCCCCGAUUUGAAGAAGUCCAUUGACGAGCUUAUUGCAUCCAACAAAGUGGUGGUUUUCAUGAAGGGCACCCGCCAGUUCCCAAUGUGUGGCUUCUCCAACACCGUGGUGCAGAUCCUGAACGUGAUGGAUGUGCCGUACCAGACCGUUAACAUUCUGGAGGACGACGCCAUCCGCAGCGGCAUGAAGGAGUACAGCCAAUGGCCCACCUUCCCGCAGGUUUAUAUUAACGGCGACUUCUUCGGCGGUUGCGACAUUAUGAUGGAGGCCUACCAGUCCGGCGAGCUGAAGGAGCAGCUGGAGAUUGCCCUCAACUCCUAGAAGGGGAGAAGGGGAGGAAGAAUGUGAGGGAGGAGAUGGGAGGGGCGGACAGGCGAGCGGCUGCCGACAGGCUGUAGCAGCAGCCGGCACCAGGAGGCUGCAGCAGGGCAGGAGGAAGGAGGAGGAUCGGGACGCAAGGUGCUAUCGCGGCGGCUACUGGGGCCGCGCCGCGGCGGUGGUUCUGCCUCCCCCCUUUAGAUGUGCUGGAUAGCACACAGCUGUCGGGCCCAGGUGUGGUGGCGGCGGCCGGAGGAACGGAAUGCGGUGCUGAGGAGGCAGGUGCGGCCGCGCUGGGUUGCUGGUCCGUGGGGCAGGCAGCAUGGUGCAAUACGUGUGGGGUGCGCGCGGGGGCUGGCGGAGAGUGUUGGCUUGUUUGCAAGCGUGCUUGGGCACUUGCUGCAUGGAGCUUGACUUGGUAUGCAUUUCGGACAAGGAAGGUCACGAACUUGUCGGGGAGGCGGGAUGGAGGCCGUUAAGAGAUGUGGCCAUCAAAACUUCCCCUUGACCCGCGCGCGCUCAAUACGUGCUUUGUGUGUAACUGGGUUCCUUA